AGUCAGGUAGGUAGGUUCAGGAUGCUUUGCGCAUGCUUUGUGCUCCUGAAACAUUUAAAAUUUUGUACGGAUUUAUCAAUAAAAUAAAUAAAUAUAAUAUUUACACAUAUGAUAACAAAUGCCAUUAAAACAUGAAUCUAACAUAUAUAUACUUAGUUAUGUAAUUAACGAUAGAGCAGACGUUUCAUUGCUCGACCAUGAAGAAGUUCGUAUAGCAAUUAUAUGUAUGUCUGAAAAACAACAACGCGGUGGGGCCGAUGGAUUGAAGGAAGAUCUAUUCAAACACGGCGGCGAAGAACUGAUAAGGAGCAUGCAACAGCUUCUUUGUAAAACAUGGUCGAACGAAAGCAUUCCCAAUGAUUGGAAUUUAAGUGUGCUAUACGCAAUUCAUAAAAAGGGAGACCCCACAAUCUGCGCCAACUACCGUGGGAUUAGCCUCCUCAACAUCGCAUAUAAGGUUCUUUUGAGCGUAUUGUGUGAAAGAUUAAAGCUUACCUUCAACAAAUUGAUUGGACCUUAUCAGUGUGGCUUUAGACCUGGCAAAUCAACAACUGACCAGAUAUUCACCAUGCGCCAAAUUUUGAACAAGACCUGUGAAAAGAGAAUCGACACAAACCACCUCUUUGUCGAUUUCAAAGCUGCUUUUGAGAGCCGCGAUGUCUGAAUUUGUUAUGCCUGCAAAGCUAAUACGGGUAAUACGGGUUUUUAAGCUGACGUUGAGAAAAGCCAAAAGCUCCGUCAGGAUCUUGAAGAACCUCUCCGAGCCGUUCGAUACCAAACGAGGUUUCAGACAAGGCGACUCUUUAUCGUGCGACUUCUUCAAUCUGCUGCUGGAGAAAAUAAUUCGAGCUGCAGAACUUAAUAGAGCAGGUACAAUCUUUUAUAAGAGUGUACAGCUGCUGGCAUAUGCCUAUGAUAUUGGUAUCAUUGGCCUUACCAACCGCGCCGCUAGUUCUGCUUUCUUCAGGUUGGAUAAAGAAGCGAAGCAAGUGGUCUUAUAGUGAACGAGGGCAAGACGAAAUAUCUUCAAACAGUCGCCGCACUCGCGACUAGGGACCCAUGUCACUGUUGACAGUCAUAACUUCGAAGUUGUAGAUAAUUUCGUCUACCUUAGAACCAGCAUCAACACCACCAAAAAUGUCAGCCUCAUAAUCCAACGCAGAAUAACUCUUGCUACUUCGGACUGAGUAGGCAAUUGAGAAGUAAAGUCUUCUCUCGAUGAACAAAAACCAAACCGUAUAAGUCACCCAUUAUUCUCGUCCUACUAUAUGGUAUACGAUGACAACAACUGAUGAUUCGACGUUGCGAGUUUUCGAGAGAAAGGUUCUGUGAAAGAUUUAUGGUCCUUUUCUUGCAACAUAUUUGUCGGAGCGGUAGUACUAGUAUUUUGUAUGUCAGAGUGCUAAUAUUUUGUAGGUAACUGUAUGUGGCACAGCGUCGUUUGAAGUAGGCGACGCAUUGGCGGCAUAUAUAAUAAUAUAUUACGGUACUAUAGAAUGUAAAUGUGCAAAUAAGCAUAGUAACAGGACUAGAGAAACUGUUACUGAGUGAGGUCUGAUCGUAUUCUGCGAACAGAGUGAAGAGAGGCAGAAACCGUUAACUACUUUUAGAGCAAUGAAGUGCGCAUAUAAUUAGGCACUAUUUCCUCGCAGUAUCAGUUCAAGAAGUGAUCUUGAAAGGAGCAGAACUUGCUGUGCUCGUGUAGAGAAAAUAAAAAGUGAAGUUAUUGAGUUGUAGUAAAGUGUUAAGUGAUACAACAACAUGGAGUCAUCAACAAGCAAAUCCUAUACAGAAUCUACAUCUACAAACGAAAUCCCCGACAUCAGAAGUGGGAUCGGCUAAUCCUACAAAGCGAGGUUCGUGCCAGAGCCUCCUAGCGCUAGAACCAUAGCACCGGAAUCUAAUGGACAUAAUGAAGUUCAUACAGAUACCAAGACCGGACAGUGACAAAAUUCAAUACCGAUUGUGCUGAAGCGGAUGUCUCUGCAAGAUGUACAACGGUGAACCGAUACCCUCGAAGGCAGGGCACUUGGGAUAGUGUUUAGCAAGGCGCUUAACGAUAGCGCAUUACAAUGGUUAUUGCAAAUAUGUUUCGCAGGCAUAACCAAGUGGAAAGAAGAUUUGGAGGAAAUCGCAAAGUCGGUAAUGUUGGCACACAUAGCGUAAACCGACAAUAGCUUGUUACACUGGGUAUGUACCUCCCAUCCUCUGCGAAUGGUAGGCACCUUGUCGAGGUGCAGGGGCUUAAACCGCAGCACAGCACGGCAGCUCCCACCCACCAGGGAUGAUGCUGCUCAGCAUCUCCCCUGGGGAAUGGCAGAGGCCGCAUGUGCGCGGCAACCAAGAGCUACCACCUCCUAAUCCAGGGUGUUAUGCGACCCGUGCCCAUUGGAUGAUUUGCAGCCAGGAGGUAAAUUCGGCUGUAUUCGCACGGAGCCUUCCCAACACCGGGCCGCCUUGGGAAGUAACGGUGGCCUUACUGCGUCAAGGGGCUCUGGCGCAGCGGACUUCUGGAUUCCCCUUUCAAAGACUAGACCGGGAGGCCCACAACACGGGCCAAACGGUCGUAAGAACAAGAUGGAACAACAAAACAACAGAACAAAAAACAACAAACAGACAACGGCAACAACAAUAGCAACUACAACGGCAACAACAACAACGGCAACCGAAACAACGACAACAACAACCGGAGCAACGGGUAGAAGCAGCAGCAGUACCGCAAGCAAGAGUGGCCCAGGAGCUAGAAGAAAGGCUAGCUUCAUGGAUGCCCUGUCGCCUGAAGAGCGAGCACUCUUCGAGGAGCACGCUCGCGAUGACGACGAUGUGCCCUCCGGCAGCGGUACACAGCGUAGUGAGUCAGGAAAGACCACGGUAAAUCGCGCAAAUGCUGCCCCCUCAACCCCCUUGAGAAGGAUCGACUGCAGAGAGGAGGGUGGUUUCACGAAAGUGGAAUCUAAGGGUGAACGAAAGCGGAGAAGGCAACGAGGGAACAUUCCACGUACCCCGGAGCCAGGACAGCCAGGAGGUCAUGGCGAUCCUCGUAGAGCAGGAAUGAGCGGAGCCACUCUUAAGUGGUACCUAAGAUUCCUGGAGGACGGUAAGACACCAGAGUCAGCUGAAAAGCGGGCUCUGAGUAGGAGCAGCGGGAAUAACCCCUCUCCCAGCAAUGCGCAGCGCACUGGUGCCAACGGUGGAUCGGCGGCAACAAGGCGUAGGAAUCGAAGGCGUCGCCAGGCUCACGCUGCUUCGUUAGAAGGACGGAGCGAAGCAAGGACUGCGCCCCAAGAGGCACCCAGAAUGGAAAAGAGAAAGAGUGGCCAGAUAACACCUCAGGAGCCACCUAGACCAAAGAGGGUAAGAGAGGACAAACCACAGGAAACCAGUGGAAGGCGCUCCAACCCCAACCAGCAGCCAACCGCAAGCCGUAAAUACGCAGAGGCUGUGAGCAGCAUUCGGAUGGCUGUGUUGCCCCGCAACUACCCGCGGAGGCCCUAGGAUCCGAACAAUUGACGGCUCUCCAGGACUGCAUAGUGGACGCUCUGUCUGUCAGCAUAGGCUUCACCGGCGCCUUUAACGGCAUAUUCUUCAAGGGAGGAAUGCUGCUGGUUGACUGCCAAAAUGAAAAGUCGGCCACUUGGCUACAAAGGAUCGUACCAAGACUGGAGGGUUGGAGGGGUCCGGCCCUGUGUGUAAGAAGGGGAGACGAGAUCCCACAGCUACACAACAUGGUGGCGUUCUUCCCAAGAAGCGCAGAUAAAGGCUACGACAUCGCGCUCAAUCUGGUAAGGAACCAGAACGAAGGUUUAAGUACCUCGGCGUGGAAGGUCGUAGCGAGCAAAGUUGAGGGUUCUGGGUGGAACCUCAACAUAACGAUGGACGAUGAGUCAUACAAGUAUAUCCGGCAGAAGGGAUUCAGACUGAAUUUCCGCUUCGGCAAGAUCGUCGUGAGGCCAUGGAGGCCCAAGACCACGUCUACGAGCCAGGAACCUCCGACGGAGACGACCGCAGCACCAGCUCCACCCGUAGCCCGCCAAGCAGCGCAUGAAGCGACUGCCGCUGUGGUUUCGUGUGAGAGAGAGGAACCCACCAACGAAACAAUUUCGGCUGGGCAGGUUGCGACCUCCACUGCAGAAGUGAACAGCAGCAACGAGAUCCCUAAGGAGCAGGAAGGCAGGUUGCCAUCUACCCAAGAGCUCCUGGAAGGGCUGGAGAUGCAGGUCGAUGGAGGGAUUGAAGACGAGGACCCGUCUCUCGUCGAACCUGUACUAUAAUCUCCACUACCGGCAUAGAGGUGGCUCAGGUGAACCUCCAUCGCGCAUCGGCAGCCUCGGCGGUCAUCGUGAAGAGGUUCAUCUCGGAUAACCUGGGCAUCAUCCUAAUCCAGGAACCUUGGGUGUUCAGAGGAGAGGUAAGAGGCCUCAACACAAGAAAGAGCAAGAGUUUCUAACGCAAGAUCUGGUGGCAGUACAGAUAAAGGACAAGGAAGGAUCGGACUUCGUCCUCGCAUCAGCAUAUUUUCCAGGAGAGACGGCCACGGCACCGCCCUCCAUCGAUACUCAAACUAGUGGAGCACUGCA